CCAUAACAUAACCUCUAAUCUUCAAAUUGAACGGGUACCGCCAUGAUACACCGACCUACCGAUCGGUACCGAAAAGUGUAAAGCGAUAAAUUGAAAGAUAUCAAUAAUCAGGAAUUACCCAGUACAAGAGUCUCAUGUGCCCGAUUAUUGAUAUCGUUCGUUAUGGAAUGGAAUAAUAAAUCGUUCCGCGGAAGAUAUAUGGUUAUCGCGUCUCCCGAUCGCUCGGUUAGAAUAGUUCGAUGUAACCGUUGAGAAGGGAGCAAAGAGGAGUGGAAAGUGGAAACAUUCGCGGACUUCGCGAAUCGCCUGUUUUUCUCUUCGAACAUGUGAGCCUUCCUCGAGAUUCGCAUCACUUUACAACGGCUUAUAUAUAUAGAUUGCAUAUAUAUAAAUAAAUAAACAUACGUGUAUAUAUGUAUGUAUAUAUAGAUGAAUGUAAAUAAUGGUGUUUCGGACCGUCAUUUAUUCGCUAGCGAUAUUUCUGCGCUUCAGUGCCAUACAAGCAAAGCCAGAGUCGCAGGGUUACUGCGCACCUUAUAGUGGCAAGAUCUGCAAGAAAUAUCUUACUGGUAUUGGGAAGGUCUGGUUUAACGAUUCCAAUGACAAUCCCGGUGGAUGGCUGAACGAGAAGAUCACAACGAAUCUCUGGGAGGAACUGAUAGAGACGCUUUUGGAACCAUGUCGUUCGGCAGCAGAAAAGAUGCUCUGCAUGUACGCGUUUCCGCUGUGCCACGAAUCGGUAGGCCUACCCUUAUGCUACGAGGAUUGCAUGGCUGUACGCCAGCAAUUCUGCUUCAACGACUGGGCGAUCAUCGAGGACAACAAGCAAAGAGACAUUUACAUUCGUUCGCGUGGACACUUUGUGCUACCGGAAUGCGAAAGCCUGCCCAAAGUGAACAAGGAAGUUCCUACCUGUUCACACGUACACCUCAUCGACAUGGAUGAGGAGGUUGUCACCUAUGAUUGUAUCAGAGGCAAUGGUAGAUUCUACAUGGGAAAAGUCAACAAGACAAAAUACGGAUUAGACUGCCAAUCAUGGAGCGCGCAAGUGCCGCACAAUCAUGAUAAACCGCCUGAUGUCUUCCCACAGAUUCGAUACGGCGAAAAUUAUUGUAGAAACGCGGGCGGCGACGAGCCAGUACCGUGGUGUUUCACGACCGAUCCUCUAAUACGUUGGGAGCAUUGCGAUAUUCCUGUAUGUGGUGGGUAUAACCGAAAUGAUAAUAUGACAACUAAAGUGGAGAUUGAACCAAAAGACAUAACAAUGGACACUCUAUUUAAUAACACACUGGUGCUCAUACUAUCAGCAUUAGGCUUUGUAAUCAUAGCCAGUGCGUUACUGUCUAUUCUCCUGAGCCAAAGACUGCAUAAGCGUCAUCGAGGCUAUAAUCCGACCGAUAAUCAGGACGUGAACAUUGAUUUGGAUAAACUACCCAACAACGAAGCGUAUCACAAGACGAGCGCACAGCUGAAUCCUAAGUUAGAAAAACUGGAGUUUCCACGAAACAACAUCAUCUACGUGCGAGACUUAGGCCAAGGCGCGUUUGGUCGCGUGUUCCAGGCGAAAGCGCCAGGGCUGAUCGCGGGCGAGGAGUUCACGAACGUCGCCGUGAAGAUGCUGAAGGAGGAGGCAUCAGACGAUUUGCUACGGGACUUUGAACGGGAGGCAUGUCUCCUCGCCGAGUUUGAUCAUCCCAACAUCGUGAAGCUGUUGGGUGUGUGCGCGCUCGGUCGGCCGAUGUGCCUGCUAUUCGAGUAUAUGGGCCGCGGCGAUCUCAACGAGUUCCUGCGCUCGUGCUCGCCCAGCAACUAUAUCAUCCGCGUGACCAGCACGGCGGACGAUAACGGCUCGAUGGCGGGCGAGCCCUCGCGACUCUCGCACAUGGAUCUCAUCAACAUCGCUCUGCAAGUGGCGUCCGGUAUGGUAUAUUUAUCCGAUCGGAAAUUCGUCCAUCGCGACCUGGCGACACGCAACUGCCUGAUCAAUGAUCAAAUGAUCGUUAAGAUCGCCGACUUUGGCCUAUCACAGAAGAUAUAUCUGCAGGAUUAUUAUAAAGGAGACGAACAAGAUGCCAUCCCUGUCAGAUGGAUGCCGCUCGAGAGUAUACUUUACAACAAGUAUACUGUCGAAUCGGACGUGUGGGCGUUUGCUGUGUGUCUAUGGGAAAUCUUCAGCUUCGCGCUGCAGCCAUAUUACGGGAUGACGCACGAGGAGGUGGUCAAGUACAUCAAAGAAGGCGACGUGCUGCGAUAUCCGGACAAUACACCGCAAUCGAUUUACGAUCUGAUGAAGCUCUGUUGGAACAGGCGACCGUCUGACCGGCCUACAUUUCGCACAAUCUACCAGACCCUUGACGGCAUCCGGCAGGAAUUGGAGGCCGAGUGCAAGUCAGACAGCGUUCCGCUACGCAUUCGGGUGUGAAUGUAAUAAUGACGGUAAUUAAGUCUGUGUUGUGUACCAUGCGUAUGAUGUGAAAUGCCUGCCUGCCUUUUUAGUUGGAUUCACCUCGAUAUUGGAUCAGUUAUCAGUCGCGAGAAGUCGGAAAAGGACCAAUGUAUAAAAUGAAAGCGCAAUACUGUACUGUUGCGUUAACUUCUCUUCGUCUUCUAAAAUGUGGAUGUUCGUCCCUAUCGGAAGACAUAGUAUUGCUCUUUUACACUUUCCUGAAAAACUCUUUUUUCGGAUAUUAACUCGAGAAAAUUGACGUUCGUUUCUAUUUACUGUUCAAUUAGCUUCCGAUUAUCCAAUUAGAGCUGCCAUUUUUCUGAUUCUCGGAAUCGGAAAUUCCAGAGAUUUAGAUUUUCUUAUCUCCGGCUCAUAAUAAAUGUAAAUAUAUAUAUGAAUUUGUGUGUGUGAGUGUGUGUAUAUGUCAUUUUAAUUUGAAAAUAAUUUUUACGAAUGACAAUUUUAUAAUUUA